AUGGAUUAUAAAAUAAACUUAUUAUGAGAAAAAUGUGGAAUAAAAUGAGAACAAAUCACUGUUCAGAGAAGCCAUAUGGAAAUCAGUAUUCAUCAAGCAAGACGUUUGAUCACAGCUCUGGCUGCAAAAAGAAAAUUAUCAAGAAAUAAGUUAUCAAGCUCUAUAAAUGGCUUUCCUUCCACUAAUCAAUUACGAAGUAGCGGCAAUAUAAAGAAAUUAAAGAAGGGAUUUUCAAGUAUAAAAUCAAAAUCUAAACCCAAGCCAAAAGUUACCCACCAGAGGUCCUAUUUAGCUUUCGUAGAGCUAUUUCAGAACAAAUAAAGCCAAACUUUCCAACUCAAAAAUAAGGAAGAAGCUGAGGAAAGCAUCAAAGAAAAUAGACAAAAUUGAUCAACCAGAUGAACCUGAGAAUGAUCCAAAACCUUUUGAGAUUAACUACAAUUUACAAGAGUCUUCUAUCUUUGAAGCCCAAUCACAGGGAGACUUUAAGCAUGGAUUCUACAUGAUUGAACAGCCUAAAGUUCAAAUUAAAUAAUGAUGAUAUGAGAGAUUCUUUCAGGGAGUAUCAUAAUAUGAAUAACACAGGAUAUUCACUCAAGACACGCAACAAUGAUAUUAAGGCAGUCCAAACAUUAACUCUCAAAGGAUCUACUAUGAACGUGAAAUUACUUGAUAGAAGCCAAAGAUUAAGAGGACAGUUUGACAGAAACCUAAAUUUUUUACACCCUCGAGAUGCUGAGAUAGACCUAAAGAGUACUUCUAAACUUUCAACACUCAGAGAAAGCAGGAACGAUAACAUAUCAAUGAUCCUAGGCAGCACUCCCGGCUUUGGAGUAUCUAUCAGGAAGGAUAUUAUAAAUGCUCAAACUCAGACUUACCAAGGAGAUGAGCUUCCUCUAAUGGUUAAGUCGCAAGUUUCAAGACAAAAAUAUUCUAACUUCGCUGUCAACUCAGAAAGAGAUGCUAGGAUUAAAUAAAUUCAUGCUCCUAAAGGGACUGAAAGGGAACAAGAAUUAUAAAACUCCUAACCAGCAUGCUUUACAGAUGGACAGUGACUAUAAGAAGCAUCAGAAAAUGAAACCCGUCUUAAUUGUCAAUAAAGUUAAAGCAAAACAAAAUCCUAUCGGGAUUGCAUGUCAGACUAUUCCAGAUUAUGUUGAAGAAGAGGAUAGGAAUCCUGCUGAAAGUAUACAUACUCCUAUAGGCAAAAGUAUGUCCACUGAGAGGCUUGAAAUUCCAGAGAUUCAGAAACCUUAUGAUGACACAAACUCUAAUAAUGAAUGAACUGAGAUUCCAUCCCUACAAAUGAUAAAUUCAAUGAAAUCUAUGCAGAAGAAAAGAAACAGUGAUAUGGAGAAAACUGCUCAGAUCUUGGAGAUCCAAACCCAAGGAGUUGCAUUAUGUUCAUCUAAGAAUCAGACAAGGAAAUCUAUUACCCAACUAUGACAGUCUAACAAGAAGAAGGAAAGUUUUUGAAAUUCCAAAGGGUCGAAAUAUAAUAAUGAUUUGCCUUCUCAGAUAUUCUCGCCUAAUUUGAUAGAGCAUGAUAUCAAGAACAUGCAGAUUCGGAUUAACCCUUUGAGACCUGAAAAUAGUGUUGAAAGAGAACAAGGGGGACAAAUUAGUGAUAACCAAGAUUCUCCACCUAGGAAAAUGCUACCAAAAUUCAAAGGGAAAAUUCCGAAAGGCAGAAAAGCAAAGUUGCUCAAAUAAAAUCAAGCAAGUUGAUGCGACAGGUGACAAAGCCCAACUUUAUAAGAUCUCAAAGAAUAUUGAUAUGAUAAUGAAAAAGCUCAAUUUCUCAUUUGAAGGUAUUCAUACAAACCCAUCAAAUCUUGUGAGAAGUAUUAGUCUGAACAACCCUCCUAAAAGAAGGAAGAGCAAUAUUGAAUGAGUCGGCUCUUCUAUUGUUGCAAAGGAAACUCUUAAGAAACGUAAAAGGGAUCAGAGUCAAAAUAAGAUUCCAUUCGUUUCAAAGUCUAUGUCUCCAUUUAAGAAACCUCAAAAUCAACCUUUGAAUGUCAACAAGGAAAAGACUUGGAUUGAUGGUAUCUCAAGCAGUGAAAAUACUGAAGACUUGUUCCCAUCCACUCAUCGGAUAGAGUUCCCAGAGGCAGUCUUAGAACAUAAUCUCCAAAUCUUUGAUAAUGACGAAUAA